CGGGCCAGCCCCGCGCCCGCCGCUGCCAGCCCGCCGCGUACCGCCUGCUGCUCCGCGCACCGCCGUCCGCCAGCCCGGGAUGAACGCGUCCCAGACUGAGGGAGAGGAGGAGCCGCACAGCGGGCGCCCGAUCAAGGUGGUCCUAGUGGGCGACGGGGGCUGCGGGAAGACGUCACUCAUGAUGGUCUUCGCUAACGGGGCCUUCCCAGAGAGCUACAACCCCACGGUGUUUGAGCGCUAUAACGCCACUCUGCAAAUGAAGGGUAAACCUGUGCGCCUCCAAAUCUGGGACACAGCCGGGCAAGAUGACUAUGACCGCCUUCGGCCCUUGUUCUAUCCUGAUGCCAAUGUCUUGCUCCUCUGCUUCGAUGUGACCAAUCCAAACAGCUUUGACAACGUCUCUAACCGGUGGUACCCAGAGGUGACCCAUUUCUGCAAGGGGGUGCCCAUUAUCGUUGUGGGCUGCAAGAUAGACCUGCGUAAGGACAAGGUGCUGGUGAACACACUUCGGAAGAAAAGACUGGAGCCGGUGACCUACCACAGGGGCCAUGAUAUGGCAAGGUCUGUGGGAGCAGUGGCCUAUCUCGAGUGUUCAGCUCGGCUCCAUGACAACGUGGAAGCCGUCUUCCAGGAAGCAGCUGAAGUGGCUCUCAGCAGUCGCAGUCAUAACUUCUGGCGGCGGAUUACCCAGAAUUUUUGCGUGGUCACCUGACUGGUUUGGAACUCACCUUGCCUUCCGAUUUACUCAGCUGGAGAAAGACCCAGGAGCAGACCUUCUACUCUGUUGACUGGGAUGGACCUAGUCCCCAGGCUGAACUGGUAGAACCACACAGCCACAGAUGGGCUCCACUGAGGCCUGGCCCCUGGACAGAGGAAUCCUGGAUUGAGGAAGAGGGUUCCCAGACCCUUAGCUCUGGAACCAUUAACAGACUCCCUGUGCCCAAUCCUGGACCUGCAUCAUGAGUGGGGGUCUGUGUGGUCUGAUUUGGCGCCACCUUGUGGCUAUUCUCUGAGUUAUAAUAUAUCUACAGGACCCAGGGUUCCUGAGACCAACCUGCCCAGGCUAACACGCUGCCCUGCCGUGUCCCUGAUCAUCCUCUUCAUCCCAUUGAUAAGUGUAACAACUAAAAUGGCAUCACUUGUU